UGUUGGCCUUUAUCUCACGAUCUGUCUGUAUUGGCAUGUCCCAUAAGAUUGUGAUGUCAUCUUUUUUUGUUACUGUUUGGGGCUCGUGUUCGUACCAUUUUUCUUUUGUGUUGAUGUUGAAUUCUUUGAAGAUGUUCCGGUGCAGGUUGUGGUUGUUUUCCCUGUUGGCAUGGAGGAUUCCUCAGAGCAGUCCCACUGGGUGUCUCCGACUCUGAUCAGUGCCGAUCACAUUGGCGGUUUCUCCUCUGAGCCUGCUCUGCUACCACCAGGAGAAGAUGGAGAGGCCUUCUUCUCCAAUUCUGAAACAGACUACACCAGCCUGGCCUCCUUUUUCUCCAGCCCCAGCAGCAGCCGAGCCCCGUCGGCCUACAGACACAGCCAGGUUCGUCAGGUGUACACCUCACCGUCUCUCCUGACCAACCUCCAGUGGCUGGACGGGCCUGGCAGCCAUACCUUGGGUUCUCCCUACAGCCCGUCAGCCUCAGCCUGGAGCAGCAGCCCUCUCACCAAGACCCCUGUCCACUCACACACUCCAACAUCCCUGUACCUUCCCAGCACCACGUCGUCCUUCACAACCUCCAGGGAUGGGUACUCAUCCCCCAACAGGGAGGGCAAGGAAAGUCCCCGGCUCCAGGAGGUCCUGAAACCUGAACGCUUUAGUCCGCCGGGGGGGUCUGGGGGAGGAAGCAAUUUUCUAAACUUGACCUCUGCAACGGCGGGCACGUACACGCCGUCUCCCCACUCUCACUCACACAUGCUGGGCCCCUAUGGCUCGUACAUGUCCUCCCCGCAGGAGUACGGUGCAGCCACCCUCUACUCAACCCCAGGAGCAUGGAUAAGUCCUUCCUCCUACUCCCCCAAACUUCGCAACAAGAUGAGGCUAUCCCCUCCAGAGGCCAGAGAGUGUGUUAACUGUGGCGCAACAGCUACUCCCCUAUGGCGUCGGGAUGGUACAGGACACUACUUGUGUAAUGCCUGUGGGCUGUACCACAAGAUGAAUGGCCAAAAUAGACCCCUAAUCCGACCCAAGAAAAGACUGAUUGUCAGCAAGCGGGCUGGUACCAUAUGUGCCAACUGCCAUACAAGCACAACAACGCUGUGGAGACGUAAUUCCAGUGGGGAGCCCGUCUGCAACGCCUGUGGACUCUAUUUCAAGCUGCACAAUGUCAACCGGCCCCUCACAAUGAAGAAGGAUGGCAUCCAAACUCGAAACCGAAAAGUGUCCAACAAGAACAAGAAGAGCAAGAAGAAUGCUAUGAUGGAGCCGUACCCAGAUUUAAGCCAGGCACCCUCCCUGGAUGAGAGCGGUGGUGGGCCCUUCUCCUUUGGCUCGGGCUCACUUCUCUCUUACAGCCAUGCGUCACAUCUAAUCCCCCCACCGUCCCCCCUCCACCAUUCUGCCACAUUGCCCUUCACACACCAUCCAAACACUGGCAUGGUGCCCACGUUGGUGUGAGAUGAUUGGAAAACGGCCCCACUUCAGCCGAGCAUUCACAGCCAUUAAUUUCUUACUAUCAAGGCUAUCGUAUCAAUGAGAAGACAAACACUUUGUAUCAUUAAAAAUCAAUAUUUGCUUGCUUGCCAGUUAUUUGUGCUAUUUUAUUUUUUUUCCAUUUAUCAUGACCCAUAAGGACAAGGUAAACUUUAAGGGCGUUGCUUGUGUUUCCUGUGACUGUAUUUGAGGAGGCCUUCAUUGUUGAUAUUUUCACCAAGUAGUCCACUGAGAUUGCUGCAGAUGUAACACAGUGAGAAAUGAAACGUUUCAGAUGUAUAUUUGUUAAUACAAACAGCGAUAUGUUUUCAAAGCCAGUCAAAAUCUCUUCGGUUUUGCUCUCUUAUGCAAAAUGUGUAAAUGUGUUUUGUAUUUUGAUCCCUAUUUUGUAUUUGCAAAAUUACUAUUUAGUGUAUACGUUGAAAGUCAACCAAAACAUAUAAAAUAAAAAUGAUUUAUG